AUGAAAUCACCGCCGAUCUCGUUCUUCCUCUUCCUCCUACUGCUGACGUCGGCAUCCGCCGGGAACAUUACCGGAGAAUGGAAGAGUCUGGGCUGUGUUGCCGGAGAAACCACCGGAGAAUGCUUAGAUGCGGCGGCGGAGGGGGAAGAGUACGACGGAGCCGCCUCCUCGGCGGCGGCGGUGGUGAGGCGGAUUCUGCAACAGCAGAACAAGAUAAGCUACACAACUCUCCAGAGGCAACCGGUUUGUAAUGCCAACGUGUAUGGUAAUUGCAUUAGCAGCGUUAAUCGACCAAGCCCACCUUGUACUUACUACAACCGAUGCAAACGUUAA